AAGGCGGCUCUAUUGGAUUGCUGGAGCCAAUUCUUCUAUCUUUUCUUCUCUCUCCAUUUUUUUUGCCCAAAAAAGAUUUGCGAUUGUGGAGUCAGAGGAGAAGUACGGAGAUUCAUUUCACGGUGUUCUUGUAAUGAUUGUCUACAAUUAUUGGCAAAAAUUUGGAUUUUUUAGGUAUUGGGUUUAGAGCUUCUCUGAGUCGAAUCUCUAUUAUUUUGUAAAUUGCAAAUUUCCAGAUUCUGUAAGUUAUUGAUAUGCCUGUUGGAAGUUGAGAUAUCAAUGAGAGUCCAUUGAUUUGUUUAUUUAGAACUGUAGAAUUGGUUUUUUGGAGAUAGUUGGUUAAUUGGUUACUUUUGGAGCUGGUAUUGCUGAUUUAUGGAUGGAGAUGAAUAUGCGUUCUGCUUUACCAAUGCAAACGUCUAAUGGAAAUUGUUUCAAUGAAUUGAAAGUUCCUGGAUCUUACUCUUCUGCCUUACCGAUUCUGGCCAAUCCUUUAGAAGAUUUUCCAAAAUCACCUGACCCAUUCUUUGUAUCAUCAUCAAGGGACAUGAUUGCAAGCCCUUUACAGAUGCAGGCUAACCCUGGAGCUUCUCAUAUCGGGUCUUCCAGUAGUGAUUCUCUAUUUAUAGGGGGAUUCCCUGCAGAUCUGCAAUUCCCUUCAUUCUCACCUCGUGAAAGCCUGCCUGAAAAUGAGGCAUUUAUUUCUCAGUCAGUUGGAGGUGGAGCGAAUUUUCCGUCAAAUCAUGGUACAGUGUCAGAUUUGCAAUCGACUGGGUUUAUCAACUAUCAAAAAGAUGAUGAUGACAAUUCUUGGAGUACUGGUCAUCUUCAGGAUUUACUUGAUCUUCCUGAAGGCGUUUCCAUUGUAAAUGGUCAAGUGGGAAAUAGCACAGAGGUAAUGUCGAGUGACAACCAUGUCAAGAGAAUUGGCUGGCGCGAGAUGGAUCUCUAUGCUGACUCCAUCGAGCCUAACUGGAAUGAGUUUCUGGCUGAUUCAAAUACAGUAGACCAGCAACCCAAGAUGCCCCAGUCCUCCUCUGAUAUAGUAGUGCCUCAACCACAAACUCAGCAGCAACUCUUACCAGCAAGAGAAACAUCUGCUUCUGCUAAUCCAACAUCUAGUUCACAAAAUAAGCCUCGCAUGCGCUGGACACCUGAACUUCAUGAAGCCUUUGUUGAUGCUGUGAAUCAUCUUGGCGGUAGUGAAAGAGCUACUCCAAAAGGUGUCCUCAAGCUCAUGAAUGUUGAAGGCUUAACUAUCUACCAUGUUAAAAGCCACCUGCAGAAAUAUAGGACUGCAAGGGUCAGACCAGAAUCACCAGAAAGAAAUUUAGAGAAUAGAAGUGGUUCUACAGAGCAGGUCUCAGCUGUAGACUUGAAAACGAGUGUUACAAUUACCGAGGCAUUGCGAAUGCAAAUGGAAGUUCAGAAGCAGCUCCAUGAACAGCUUGAGAUACAACGAAAACUGCAGUUGCAAAUCGAAGAACAGGGAAAGUACCUUUUACAAAUGCUUGAGAAUCAGAAUAAGGCGGAGAAGGAAAAAUCAAAAUCCUCUCCUCAAGACAAACCAGAGGCUUCUGCCAGUGAAGCUGGCGGGUCGGACUCUCCUCCUUCGAAGCGUUCAAGAACAGAUGAUUCGGUGCAUUAGCAUAAGUUAUCUUCGGGCUCUUUCUUUUAGGUUAUGACAAUUGGUGAGGGGCUGUAAGCUGUGCCCAUGAUGAUAAAUCCGUCUGUUAGAAUGAAUUGUAUCUUUUCUCUCUCUCUCUUACUCAAAUAUAGCAAGUAGAAAUGGUUUUCUGCUUCAGAUUUGUCUUUUUUUUUCUAGGUUCCUGAUCUGUGAGAGAAAUUGUCAGGUUGGAUGUAAACUGAUAAAUGAUGAUUAAUGAAGUAUAAUUUAGAUCAAAUUACUGUA